ACGGAUGAGUGGGGCUCUGCUUCUACAGAGGCUGAUUUCCUAACUUCUCCCAUGUAACAAAAGCCCAGCACAGCCUGUUGCUUGAAAUGGUUUAUUAAAGUAACUACAAAGCAGCAGCAGAAUAACAGGGGCCAGGUCUGAAUGGAAACAGCCCCUGAGGAGAUGCCUGGAAGUUCCAAGUUCCCGUGGCGAUGAGUGAACCAAUCCUGGAACUGGGAGGGGCCUGUCUGCAGUGUGAGGUUUGCGAUGGACCAGGAACCAGCUGCACGGGCGACCUACAGACCUGCAGUGCUGGGGAAGACACUUGUGGCUUUGUUCUAAUCAAAUUCACAUUGGUGAGAGAGAAGAUGCAGUACAUUUCCAAGCGCUGUGCGUCAUCCAGCAAAAUUAAAGCCACCCCCAGGACCAUGAAUUUUGGGAAGGCAAUAACAGCAAGGAUCAGCAUCUCCUCUUGUGAGAGAGACAACUGCAGCCCAACCACUGUUAAAGUGCCCCCGGCUGACACCGAACCCAAUGGCCUGCACUGCCCAGCCUGUGUGGGUAUGCACACUGAUGAAUGCAGUGGAAAGACCCUGGAGUGUACUGGAACCGAGACCAAAUGCAUCAACAUCGCUGGGACUAUACCACUGGGGACUGGCUUAGUAUUGGAAGUCCUCGAUAUGCCAGGUGCUGCACAGACACCGACCGAGAUUGGAGACCGUUUUUGUGCCAGGCUGUCAAGGCUGUAUCCCUACUUUGAACUUUAGGGUACAAAUGUAGGGGCCUGCAUGAAGACUUCUAAGCUUAACUACCAGCUUAGUUCUG